GACGCAUUUACAGGAUGCCAGAUCCUACCGUGUUCACACAAGGUCCACAAGGAAUGCGCCACACAAAUGAUCCGAAGCGGAAUGUAAGUAUAAUCUUGCCUUUUGUAUCUGCGCAUGCAGAUAUAUUGCUUGUUAGUUUGUUUCCAAUCAAUUACCAGUAUUAUUAAAUUAUGCAACUAUAUGCUUGUAACCUGCAAACAGGCGUAAAACAAUAUGGCGUCUCACAACUCAAUCUUAGCAUGCAAUCUCAUUGCCAUCUGAAACCAUUUGAACAAGCUACCAAUUGAGCACCAGCAACCACCACUACAAUUCUAACAAGAACAAAAAUAACAAUAGCGACAAUAGCCAUAAUAGAAAAGUACAGUACAGUACAGUACAGUCAACAAAUACAACGAUAAAGACGACACAUAAUAUGUAUUAGCACAACUUCAUGUAUGCUUGUACCUACUGUUGAUUAGGUUCCAUAUUCGUUUAAUUGCCUGCACUGAGAAAACUCCGUGCAUGUAUUAUCACAAGACAACAUGCAGUGAAAACUCGGUUUUACCAAAACCGUGAAUCCUUCCUCUCGCUCGAAAAAAGUGCGAUGUUUUCGCGUUAAAACAUCCAGGUAUGUGACCGCAUCGUGGGAACGGCGACGUCUGAUUGGUCCACGAGUAAUUAUUUUGACAUAGCUCAGAAAUUUUAUUCAGAACACAUGACACGUUUUUUCAGGCGACAGGAAGCACCCAUGGUUAUCGCAAUAAACAUCUUGUUUUGUAAACAUUUACAUGAACACAAGACCUGUAUAUUAUUGCGCACCAAAUAAAAUUUGCAUGCAAGGUGCUCCUUUUUUCACGAUUUCUACUUAUUUGUUGUGUAAAGGCCCGGUCACACUACACAACGAUAUGAUAACUUGUAUACGCGCGCUGAUUGGUAAAAAAAAUUAUCGUUAUCAUCCGACUGAAAAAAAAAAUCGCUGGGGUGAGCGAUUUUAAAAUCGUUAUCGUCAAACGAUAAUUUUAUCAUUUUCGUUGUAGUGUGGACAACAACAUAAUUUUUUUGACCAAUCAUCGCUUGUUUACAAGUUAUCGUAUCGUUAUCGUUGUGUAGUAUGACCUGGGCUUAAUACGAUCCUUCUAUUUCAGUUUAGUCAAUAAUUAUAUUGUACAAUUUUCAAACUUUCUUACGUUUAGUACUCGAUGCCCCAUCUGCCGGGAGAGUUUUGCUCACAAGUUAGAAAGGCACCCCAUUACUGGGAAGCGUCAAGGCAAGAAAUAA